GCAGAAUUACGUCCUCCUACAGUUCCCACAGCUACAAUUUCAAGCUUAAGGACUCAUGCGUUCACUGAUGUUGAACAUAAUCUGUACCCUAGUAUUUGUGACGGAGCCGCGUACAGGCGCGUCAAUUUCACCUGGCCCCGCAGCAGGCACAGCAUUUUCCUAGUGCCUUAAAAACUGGCUUCCCUCCAAUUUGCUAGACCAGCAUCAACGGCGAGGAUGACGUUCUCACCUGUUCGUAUCACGAAGGUCCCUUCUAUAAAAAAUGCACCGCUACUUGGUUUAGCAGAAGGCAAUGGUUACUUCUCAAAUCUUCAACUCGCUGCUCUCGUCCUCGUCGUACCAUGGGUCAUCAAAUGCAUCCUUCCCUUUGUAAACCGUGGCGGUCUUAAGACAUAUCUCUUCAUGCUCGUCAUCACAGGUAUCCCUGUCACUGUCGCUUAUUGGGCUGUAGCGAGCACCUAUGGUCGUCGCAAAAACGUCAAAGUUCUUAUGCCCGGUAAAGACCUCGAAGACUACAUCACUAUCCACGACCCGGAACUCAAGGAAAAAUACCACGGCAACACGAAAAUCCCAAUGCAGGUCUUCCACGACGCGUACUUUGAAGGCAAGAUUGACUUUAAGGGUGACGUGUUGGACAUCAUGGAGGAACGUCAUGAUUGGGCAAAAAUGGUCAUGACACCUGAACUUUUCAAAUACGUCUUCACGAAUCUCCUUCCCGAGGUCAUCGUUCACUCUCAAUCUCAAGACGAAGAACAGGUCCGCGACCACUACGACAGAGGCGAUGACUUUUACUCAUGGUUCCUCGGUCCACGCAUGAUCUACACCUCCGGAGUCAUCGCAGACGCCAACAAAGACGCCUCCCUUGAAGAACUCCAAGACAACAAACUCCGCCUCGUCUGUUCCAAACUGAACCUUAAACCCGAUGACCGUCUCCUCGAUGUCGGCUGCGGCUGGGGUACCCUUGCAGCCUACGCAGCCAAGAACUACAAAUGCGACGUCACAGGUAUCACCCUUGGUAAAAACCAGACCAAAUUUGGUAACGAGCGCAUCAAGACCAAUGGCGUCACCCCCGACAAGGCUCGUAUCCUGUGCAUGGACUACAGGGAUAUCCCAGGCGGCCCUGGACACUUUACCAAGAUCGUCAGUCUGGAAAUGGCAGAGCACGUCGGAAUCAGGCGCUACGGUUCAUUCAUGCGUCAAAUGUACGACCUCCUCGAGGACGAUGGCAUCUUCGUCUUCCAAGUCGCCGGUUUCCGUCCUUCGUGGCAAUACGAGGACCUGAUCUGGGGUCUCUUCCUGAACAAAUACGUCUUCCCCGGUGCAGACGCUUCUUGCUCUCUCGGCUGGGUUAUCAAUCAAGUCGAAGCCGCCGGGUUUGAAGUGAAGAAUAUCGAUGUCUUGGGCGUGCAUUAUAGCGCUACUAUCUGGAGGUGGUAUUUGAACUGGGUUAGCAACCGCAAGAAGGUCGUAGAGAAAUACGGCGAACGCUGGUACCGAAUCUGGGUCUUCUUCCUCGCCUACAGCACCAUCGCCUCCCGCCAAGGUAGUGCCAGCGUCUUCCAACUCACCUUGCACAAGAACCUCAACGCCUACCACCGUGUUCUGGGCGUUGAGAAUCAUUGGAGUUUGCAGGUGCGUGAUGGGAGGGAUGCGGAGAUUAGCUUGGUGGAGUGAAAAACUACGUAUACAUAUACGGACGGACGAUGCGCGAUGCGCUAUAUACCACUUGCUUGAAUUAAUGUUUUGGUCGUACAAUAUACCGACUUAUUUGGAGCCCCAGCGUGAUGUGCUUCUGCUGUUCCCUCCUUUGUGAAUGCCGCCCUACACGGUACUGCUCAGAUAGGCGCAUAUAUGAUAUGAACUUUGCGAUCGUGGUGCCAGUAUUGC